AUUCAUUUCAUCUUGGCGGUGCGACGGCUGCUUCAUUUUCGCACUAAAUGAAUUACAAUUUGGUUUUCUCUAUUUACUCAUUAAAUACUAGACAGUUUUACGUACAUUUGAAUACUCAUAAAUGAUUCAUUCAUUGGAGUUGAUGGGACUGGGGCCGCCCUGAAAAAUGUGCAUUAAUUGCUUCGCGAAUCGUUUACGACGAAUGACGAUGAUAAAUAGCCGAUCUGAUACGACAAAACCGAUUAUUAUUGAUUGUAAUUAGAAUAAUCAGCGUUUCGUGUGUCAGUAAAAUUGCAUUCAAGGUGAAAUAACUGAUUCCCAAGACGUUUCUUCGUUUUCUAGCAAAAUCAAAAAAGAGAGAGCGUCAUGCAAAGAAACAACGCCUAGAACUUUGUUAUAAUGGAUCGACAUUUUGUUCACGUCAAACAGUGUAAACUUUUUUUUAACAGCAAAACAGAAUAUGCCCGCAUUGAAGGCAGAGAAGAGAGAGAAACAAAAUCCAGUUAAAGACACCUACAAGCACAUGAAAUCACGACACCGCUGAGAAUGCUAAGUACUAGUUAGAGUUGGCUUUAGAAAUGACUUGAAUGUAAAAAAAAAAUUCUAAUGCCGAAUAAUCGAUAUGCAGUAGUAAUUUAUGGGCUAUAAUGCGAGGUGCUAACAUUUCAACGAUGAAAAAAAAGGUGCAAUCGCUUGUGGCAAUACGAUUUAAGGAGAAUCAUCCAUUGUAUGCCUUUUGCCAUUCAUUGACCUAUUUAUUAAGCAUAAAUUGAAUUAUUUCUUAAAAGUCGCAUUAUUACUACUGCCAAUACCACACACUCUACAGCAGCACAAAAAUGUAGAUGAACAGAGAAAAAAAAACUGCACUUGUUGUUUACAUCACGAACAAUAAUAACACCACCAACAACAACUAAAAAAAACGAAAGAGAGAGAGAUAGCACGAGACUAUCUAACAUUAUGUUUGCUGUGCAUGUACAAUUGAAUCGAAUGUAUAACAUGGAACCAGACAAUAACAAAUAGCGAUGGCAAAUAUUCACAGGCCUAGGCAUAGCAAUUGCUGCAGCAGCAGUAGCCAGAAAUAAUAGAGCAUAUUUUCUUACGCAGCAAACAUGUGAAUUCGUAUGAGGUUGCAACUUAGCUUGGUUGUGCACAAUGCAGUGUGAAAUUUUUGUUUUUCAUUGGCGGCGGUUGUAUUUAGCCUUGUUCACAAAACCAACUCGAGUAUACAAUUUCGCGCUGCCUUAUUUUCUGCUGCUACAAAACAGUACACACACGAAAAUAAAAAUAAAUAAAUCUAUAUAUCGUUAGUUACCUGCGUUUGCUUCUUCACAGCAUGUGAAUCAUUUGAUAUAUCUGGUGUAAAUCUGUGUAACAGUCAAUUUUUCGUUCGUGGUGUUUGAUAAACGGCUUUGGCCUUCUUGGAUAAUAAAUAUCCACUUCGAAUACGACUACGAUUUCAUUGGAUCCGAUAAGCUUAAAGAAGCGCACGAGAAAAAUUAGUUAUAUAAAGAAACAAAUACAAAAAGAAAGAGAAAAAAAUCAGUGUGUUAAAAUAAUCAACAUGGUAAUCAACGUCGAUGAGCAAAAAAGACCAUUGAAUUGGAUGAGAAUGGUGGUUUAAGUGAAAAAUAGAACACAUUGACCCAAUCGGAUAAAAGAAAUUAAAAAUUUUUCUUUAACCAAGAACACUGUGUGCACGCCUGUGUGUAAAGUGACGCAAAAAAAAAACAGAACAAAAAUAACAACAGCAAUAUCAAACUGUCACCAAAACUAAUUUGAUUUAUUUGCACAUCUAAAACAAACGCAAUUAUUUGGUAGAUUUUUCAUCUCUCACAGUUAGUCGUGUGACUUUGGUUCUACGCUGCAGAAUCCAAACUGAAUAGAAAGAAAAUUCAUACAAACACACACACACACACACACACUCACAUUUAUCGCUUAAAUGAGCAAUGAUCAAAUUAAAAUCGUUGUUUCGUAGAGGACAAGGUCCGUCUGGAUCUUCGAAGCAGUCAUCGAAUGCAAAUAACCAGAUACGUGGUGCCGCAUCUACAUCAAGCCUCAACAGUAUUGGAUUAUCGACCGCAUCAUCAUCGUCUACGGCAACAGCAGCUACACCAAAAUCAACAAAAGCAACACUUAAAAAAGUCCCACACACCGGUUCCAAUGAUCGUUUCGAUUCAACGUUUCGCGAAUCGCAUGAAAGUCUCGAUCUGAAAAAUAGUUCCAGCCCAACGAAAUUGUAUAGCACAAGUAGCGGCGGCGAAAGUACCAGCGGAUUCAUCAGCAGCCUAGCAAAUAGUAAAUCACACUCAUCGAUUGCAGUGGGCAACAGUGGAACAGCAUUAUCCACAUCACCGGCCAAUACACCUCAACACAAUAAACGACGCACACGCAAUAUCGCCGCCACCACUACCACCAAUCACGAGCAACACCAUCCAUAUCAAACGACCAUACCGAUGACAGAACAUUCACCCGAUAAAUUAAUAAUUGGUUCGACGACAACGGUAGCAACGACUGGUGCAAAUUCAAACACAACCACCGGCAUUGGUAAAGUGGUGGCCGGUGAACUCAAAGAUAGCGACACUGAAAUCGGACCCGAUGAUGGUUGUGGCAGUUGCUAUUCGAGUUCCAUGCGAGAUUUACUGAGCGAUGAACUACCCGAAGAUACUUUUAAUGGACACGAUGAAAUUCAGCAACAUCAAAUCAUUCAUGAGCUACAAGAGAAUCUCGAACAAGUGACACGUGACAAAAUGGCACUCGAAGCCAAAAUUAUGGAAAUGUCUUCGUACAAAAGCGAAAUGUUGAUGCUACAAAGCGAAAUAGUGAAAUUACAGGUAAACUAUGAUAAAGCAAUCAGAGAGAGUCAACAAUUGAUCGAAGAAAAUGAAUCGUUACGAAACCGUUUACGAGAUGUCGUAAACUCACCUUUAUCUGAUGCCGAGAAGCAGCAAAUUAUCGAUGAUUCUCAGCACCGUUUGCACAGCUCGGCACCGGCAUCUAUAGCUUUACCAAAUAAUGAUGGCGAAGGAUCAUCGUGCAUUACAACUCCCGAUUGGGACAAGCAUUCAUCGAGUAGCGAAGUUUCGGUGGCAUGCUUACAAGAUAAAAUUAUUCAGAUGGAAGAGACGCACUACUCAACAAACGAAGAAUUACAAGCAACAUUACAAGAGUUGGCCGAUUUACAAUCACAACUGACUGAACUUCAAACCGAUAACGAUCGUCUGAUCGACGAGAAAGAAGUACUGUUUCAAUCGUUGUGUCGUCAAACAGAAAAAUUGGAAUUACUGUUACGUGAAUCAGAUCAGCAGGAUGCUGUUAUGACCACUGAACGUGAACAAAAGCUGCUGGAUCUAUUGAAAAGUGCACAGGAGGAACGUGAAAGUAUGUUUAUCAAGCACGAGGAAUUACAAUCGGAUAUUAAAGAAAUGAGAACGGCGCUGGAAGCGGCGGCCGCCGAAAAAUUACGACUUAUCGAACGAAUUGGCUUGUUGGAGUCAACAUUGGAUGCAAGCGCAGCUGAACGCAAACAAACCGAUGCUGAAUUAUCACAAGCACGCGAAGAGGGUAGCCAACGUCAAAUCGAAAUCAGUCGAUUGUCCACAUUGUUGGAAAACGCACGAUCCAAAAUCGAUGAGUUUGAACAGGAGCGAGCCGGUGGCGAUAAAUCAGAUUUGAGUGAAUUGUUGGAUGUUGCGCGCAAGGAAAAGGAUUUAUUGGAGAGUGAAAUGACGGUAUUGCAAGAAUCAUUAUCGAAAAGCCAGUGCGAGGUACAAAAAUUGAAAGAUCAAAUUGCUGCCGUGACUGAAGAGUGUAAAGUCACUCGAAACAAUGCCAAAUGUGCACUAUCCGAUCUGGAAUACAAAUUCGAGCAGUUGAAACAGGAAAAAACCAAGCUGUCGUUUGAGCUACAAGCGGCACAGGAAAACCUCACCGAAUUGCAAGUGCAGUGUAAGUGUCAUUUGGAAGAUAAAGCCCAGCUGGAGAGUUUAUUGUCCGAAACACAACGCCAUUUGGGUGAAACGGAGCGAAUUCUGUCUGAAAAAGAAGACGCUUUGAACAAUGAACGAAAAUUACGGAAAUUCGAAAAUGAAGAAUGGAAACAAUUUCAAUCCGAUCUACUAAUGACCGUCCGAGUGGCCAACGAUUUUAAAACCGAAGCUCAAACGGCUCACGAACAAUUGGUCAUUGAUAAUAAAACACAGAAGGAGCGUAUUCGCACUCUUGAACAAGAGAAUCUGAGACUAAGUAAAGCUGUGGCAGCACAGGAAUCACAAACAUCGUUAUUGAGUACGGUGAUGCAGCAGGAAAUGGCGCAACGACGUCAACGCGCUGGAAUCUCACGUCAAGACUCUCGGUUAUCAGUCAAAAGUUUAAUUGAGAGCAUUGAAAAAACAUCUACACACGUUAAGUCAAAUGGUCAAACGGGUGACUCACAUAGCUCGUCAUCUAGCAUAAACAGUCUCAUGUCGGACGCUCCAAUUCUUCAGACUAGCACAAGGAAUGCAACCAGUGAAUGGAGCAGUGACAGUAGUAAUAUGAUUGUGGAUCAAUCUAAGUUGCACGCAUCACUAACUAGUAAUCGUAGUCCGUUGUUGGAAAAACAGUCGCCUAAUUUCAAUUGUGAUGGCAAUCACAAUAACAGUACUCACAUAAAUAACAACAACAACCAUGGCAAUAAUACGAUAUCAAAGGUUAACAGUGGCAGUGCAAUUGAAUCUACCCAAACGAUAAACACAUCCAACAAUUUGGAUGCCAAUCAAAAAUACGGAUUCAUUAUGGGUGAGCGAAAAGAUCCGUUGAGUGCUUUGGUGAAAAAUGGUGGUUCCAAACGAAAUGCCCUACUGAAAUGGUGUCAAAACAAGACAGUUGGCUAUCGGAACAUUGACAUAACGAAUUUCAGUUCAUCAUGGAACGAUGGGCUGGCAUUUUGUGCCAUAUUACAUUCAUAUUUGAAAGAUAAAAUUCCCUACGAUACUCUUGGGCCACAUGAUAAACGUCGCAAUUUCACGAUUGCAUUUCAGGCCGCCGAAAGUGUUGGAAUCCACACAACUCUUAAUAUAAAUAACAUGUGUCAACAGGAACGUCCUGAUUGGAUGCAAGUAUUAGCAUAUGUAACGGCUAUUUACAAACAUUUCGAAACAUGAUGAUUUUAAAUAGUGAAUCAACGACGACAUAACGAUGUCAAAAUAAUGUAACAUUAUUAAGUUAAUUUUUUUUUCUUUUCGUUCGAUUCGAAAUUUUCUCUCCGCGCAUAAGAUGAGUUUACAGUUAGAACAAAAGUGCAUUUUUUUAUAUUAAAAAAAAAUGAGAAACCAAAUGAACGAGAUGGCAGAGAAGAAAAAACAAACAUGUAUUACUUGCGUGCUGAUUAGUUCACGUUACACGUUUUUCUCUCUGCAUUUCUCUCCUAUCAAAUGAACAUGUUUUGUUGUUUUAGAAAUUAAAUCUACGUCGCUGAUGGCUUGCAAUAAAAGCGAAACAAAAACAAAA